UCCGCUUCCUCACACAACAACAACAGCUGGAAGCAGCUAUGGCAGCCAUGAUUGCCGCCGCAACCAUGGCGGGGCUCGACGCCCACAGGAUGGAGGAAAAGAAGUUUGAGUACUUCUCCUCCAUCAACUCCAUGGCCAAGAAAAUCAUGCAGGAGAGGGAGAAAAUCAAAGCCAAGCACGGCUCGUCCUGGGACAAAAUGACGCCGCAGGAGCAGGACAGCGCCAUCGACAACGGGAUGAUGGAUCCACAUAUCCGAGCCCGAUACGCCAUGCACAGAGUGGACCGAGAAGAAGUGGUCUGUUACCCCAAACUGCUCAUUCAGACGGGACAGAAGAUAGUUCAUUUCGGGGAAGAGGAUAUUACCUGGCAAGACGAACACUCUGCCCCCUUCUCAUGGGAGACAAAGAGCCAGUUGGAUUUCAGCUUGUCGUCAGGCCCUGCAGAGCAGGGGGUCUCAGCCUCGCAGGCAGACCCAAAGGCUGCAAAGGCUCCUCAUUCCAGCCAGCUUGGCAAGAGUACACCAGGAAACAAGGUGUCUGUCAGCGAGGGACGCAGACCAGAGGAGGAGUCGUCUUUCUGGAAGAUCAGUGCAGAGAGGUCAAGGCUGGAGGGAGAGCAAGCUGACUUCCAGUCCCUAACCCCCAGCCAGAUCAAAUCCCUCGAGAAAGGAGAGAAAUCCCUCCCCUCCUACCUCCGGCAGGAGACUUCUGUCCCCUCCAAGGAGCCAGAGGCAGCAGACCCCCACCCUCCACCUCCCACCAGGUCCACUAAGCAGCGAGCACCCAAACCUCCUGCCCCCCACCCCCCUAUCCCUGUCGCUGUUAGUGCAACACCAGCAUCGAUCUCUAUUUCACCAAACCCAGCCCCACCUGUCAGCGUGUCGUCGUCGGUUGCAGGAUGGGAGCGAUCUCAGAGCACCUUGCCAUCAGUCGGUAGCACCGUGGACGAAGUGUUCUCCUCCAGCAUGCUGUCCAAGUCCCCCAACCUCUCCAGCGGUAUGGAUAAAGAGAAGGAGGAUGACGGCGGAAGCCCCACCUUUGCCCAGUUUAACACAAGCAGCAGCAUCCUGAAGACUGGAUUUGACUUCUUGGACAACUGGUAAAAACCACAGCCAAGACCAGUCACCGCUCUGAAUCAUUCUCAUCAUCACUCCGAAGAAGGACCACACUGCCAUGACUACAGACAUCCACGUCUAGAUUUAACAAACACCAGUCUCUAGAAUGACCACAUUAUAUUGUUAUAAUUAUCUUCAGUGGCUUGUUAAGACAUUAUCUCACUGCCUGUGUGCUGAUGUUCCCUCUCUGACUAGAAUCUCUUUAGAUUUCUUUCCAAAACGCCCCCUGCUCACUAAAAUCAGAUAAGCGGGGAUUGUGCUCCCCAUGACUGUGCAUUCACAUUGCGAUCAGCCCGGUUGAAAGAUUACACAUUUCUGAACAAGUUUGCAUCACAACGUAUAUUAAAAAUGACCUAAAACCAAUUCACAAAUCCAAUGGUUUUAUUAGCCAACACCAAUAACAAAAAGUUCAAUUGUGGAUGCAUUUUCCCAAACAUAAACUUUAACCGGUCGUGUGCUUGUGUUGUGAAUGCACAGUACUGGUGUGACUUGGCUGCCUUCACUUGUAGCUUUUUAGACACUUAUCUAGCAAUCAAGGACAUUUUUGGUACCGUAAGCAUGUCAAAUUUCCAUGUGUGCAAAACACUAGAACACUCAUGCAUUAUUAUUUUUUGUUAUGAAGAUUUUGCUCAAUAAUGUGCUUUUAUUUAUACGUACCUAUAUAUUCCAAUAAGAGUUUUAGAGUUAAAGUAGUGCUCAGUGCUGCAGUCCCACCCCACAUUGUGCAAUUACAGUGUUCCUGCUGGUUAUGGAAUUCCUGGAAUAAUAAGGUUUUGUUUUUUUUAAAGAUGUUCAGAUGGGGAAUAUGGUAGAAUUUUACCAUUGCAUCGUUUUACAGAAAUAUAGCAGAAUGUAUUUUCCAACUUUCAGAUACUUGGUGAAUUAGAUCUUUUUCAGCAAGUGGUAACUAAACUGAAACAAAAAGAAAAGGAGGGAAGAAUUAAUGUCCGGGCUGCUGUGGAAAACCGUCACAGACGUCCUGUAGGGAUUACGCAUCUCGCCAACACUUCCUCACCUCUCCCAGUUGUCACCUUUGACCUCAAACUAGUGCUGAGCAGAGCUAGUGUGCAUUUGUAUUAAAAAAAAAAAAAGAAGACGCACUCAAACGUCGUGUUUUAGAUAAACAGGCAGGCAUGUAGUGAUUUGUACCACUUUGUGUCAUAGAUCUGAAUCCAGUUUACAUGACUAGAGUACUAUUUUACUGAUUUUUAUAUUUAUCUGCUGAUUGUAUCUUAUGCUAUACAUGUAUAUUGCACUCAUGCAUUUUGAGGUCACAGAUUGGAAGGAAGUAAAUAAAUAAAAGUCAAACCUG